CUCUCUCUCUCUCUCUCUCUCUCUCUCUCUCAAACUGCUUUCUCGCCCUUAGAUCCUCCGUCCAAAACCACUCUUCGUCCCCAGAAAACCGGAUUCCCCCUCUGAUCUGCAGAAAUUCCAGGAAAAAACAGAUCGGACGGCGGAGAUUCGAUGACGCGGCUGCCCCGGAAGCGGCAGCCCUUUCAGAAAGAUGACGUCGACGACAGUCCGGCGGCAGAACCCCUAGAAACAGCGGACAACGCUCCCGUCCGUUUCGACCCACCUCCGAAUCCGGCGGUGGAGACCGGGAAGGAACUGUCACCAGAGAAGCCUGUCCGCGUGUACGCCGACGGCAUCUACGAUCUCUUCCACUUCGGACAUGCUCGAUCGCUCGAGCAGGCCAAGAAAUCGUUCCCGAACACAUAUCUACUUGUUGGUUGCUGCAACGAUGAAGUCACUCAUAGGUACAAAGGGAAAACUGUAAUGACUGAAAAUGAGCGCUAUGAAUCUCUUCGUCACUGCAGGUGGGUCGAUGAAGUUAUUCCUGAUGCCCCAUGGGUCAUCACACAGGAGUUCAUUGACGAGCACAAGAUUGACUAUGUGGCACAUGACUCUCUUCCAUAUGCGGAUGCGAGUGGAACCGGCAAGGAUGUCUAUGAAUUUGUUAAGGCCAUUGGAAAAUUCAAGGAAACAAAGCGUACAGAAGGGAUUUCUACAUCAGAUGUUAUAAUGAGGAUGCUUAAGGACUACAAUCAGUAUGUCAUGCGCAACCUGGCCCGUGGAUAUUCAAGGAAGGACCUUGGUGUCAGCUAUGUGAAGGAGAAGCAGUUGAGAGUGAACAUGGGGAUAACUAAGUUGCGCGAGAAAGUGAAAGAACAUCAAGAAAAGGUGGGCCAAAAGUUGCAUACUGUGGCAAAGACAGCUGGUAGGCAUCACAACGAAUGGGUGGAGAAUGCAGAUCGUUGGGUUGCAGGUUUUCUUGAGAAGUUUGAGGAAGGGUGCCACAUUAUGGAAACUGCCAUCAAAGACCGCAUCCAAGAGGGUCUGAAGAGGCAGCAGUCCAGAGUAAUGGCAAACUUUCUACAAGAACAGGAGGUGUCGUGACUUUUUCAAGCUCUAUUGUCAAUCUAGAGUUCUUGUUUUCAGUUCUCUCCUUCUCUCUUGUUCCUGCUGAAAAUGGUAUACCUAGCAUACAAGUGUUACUGGAAAAACAGUUAAUCAUUUGGAGAAGUCCCUGCAUGUGUAGUUGUUUUGACUUUUUCUUUUUUCUUUUUUUCCCUCAAGGUGAAUGUGGAUGAUGAUUGCCGGAGUUUUGU